UAUGCGUUUUUGUAAUAAAUGCUUCAGCAGUGACGAUGUCACCGCCGCCACCAGACUUGCAACAUGACAAAGAAAGUGUUUUACGAACGGAGGCGAUGGCCGGGGUUCAACAACUGGUUGAGCAUAAUUUCCUAGUUGGCAUAGCCAGUUUGGGAGCUUUUCAUGAAAAUCGUACUAAAUGUGGCCAAGAACUUGAAAUAAUGUUGAAUGCAAUGGCAAAACAUGAAGUUUGGGGAUUAAAAGUUUUGGACUCAUUUGGUUCAGCUCCCAAAACAUUUACCUGGGGAAAUUAUUUCUGGUUUGGUACACCUGAUUUAUGCAAUGAUCUUAAUCAGCCUUUCACCAUUAGCUUAUCACAUUCACGUCCUCCAAUUUUCAAUGCCACCAGUCCGUUUCCCGUGCAAUUCAUUGUUGUGUAUUUAAAUUUUACCACACCAUAUUAUAUAGACAUAAAAUUACCAUACGAGAAUCUUAUUCAUUUGGGUUUGUGUUUGCCAAAAAGUUGCAGCAUCUCAAAAAUAAGUUCCUAUACCGAUUUCUACUUUCAACAUCAAUAUUUUCAAAUGCAACGGAAUUUUAAGUUAAAAAUGAAAGCUUUAGAUGUAAAAGCUCCCCAUUUCAGUUGGAAAUAUUUAACUGAAACUGGAAGUGUUUUAAUUUUUAUGGUACUCAUAACAACCACUCUGUUGGGAAUAUUCGCCGAAGUUGUUUACAAUUCGAAAAAUAAAUUAAAGCUCCAGCAUACGUCGCACAUUAAAAGCCACCUCAAUCCCAAUUCACCAACAAAUGGUGUACCCACCACAAACAGUAUCAUCGACCACGAAGUACCACAUCGAUAUGAGUUGAGACAAAGCUCUUUAUGUGAAGAGCUUUUGAUGUGCUUUCGUUUCUCUCUCAACUACAAGACCGUUAUGAGUUUGGAGAAUUCAAAUACGAAUUCGAGAUUUUUAACUGUCAUGGCGGGUCUGCGCACCAUAGUCUGUUUGUGGAUAACGGUAUUUCAUGUCUACUACUAUUCCCUAUUUGCCAUUUCGAAUACACCAUUCAUCUUUGCCAGACUGGAGGCAUUUACUUUGCAACCAAUUCUACAGGCCUGUUUCUAUGUGGAUAUUUUCUUUAUAAUGAGUUCUUUUCUUUUAGUUAAUAAUUUCUUAUCGAAUGCCAAAUUGUUACAACAAAUACGUGGGCUGUCAUGGUGGGGAAAUUUAAAACUUUUUAUACGUUCUUUGUUGCAACGUUACAUGCGUUUAACUCCUGUAAUGAUUAUUACAAUGCUAUUGAGUACAAUGAUUUUGGAUUUCCUUAAUAUGUAUUCACCCUUUCGUUUAAGCGAAAAUAGCGGUUUCUAUUGCAAGUCCAACUGGUGGUAUAAUCUGCUUUACAUACACAAUUUGCUCAAUAUGAAUGAUAUUUGUUGCUCAUGGACCUGGUAUUUAGCAUGUGAAAUGCAAUAUUUUAUUAUAUUCACUGGAUUGUUGUUUGUGCAUGUUAAAAAGCCAAUUGCAGCCAAAAUAGUAUUUGUCACAUUAGCACUGGGAUUUGUGGUCAUCGGUUGGAUGUGUAAUUUUGGCAGUGGAAUAACAUUUGAAAUCGAUGUCAUCUACAGUACACUCAAUCAGUUGUAUGUCAAGCCGUGGGUUCGCAUACCUCCAUAUUUGGGUGGUGCAACAAUGGGUUGGUUAAUGCACACAAUGCAACAACGCCAACAGCAACGUCAACAGCAACAUCAACCUCAACAACAGCAAAAAGAACAACUGCUUCGCACAUUUGGUCGUAAAGCAUUUUGGCUUUUUUGCAUUGUCCUCUAUGUGACAACGAAUUUUAUGAGCUACUGGCGUUCUACGCCCACUUGGGUGGUGGCGACAAUUAUGUCCAUGGGUAAAUUGCUUUUCGCACUUUGCAUCGGUGGUGUCAUCAUCAUGUGCGCUUGUGGUCGCGGUGGCUGUCUCAAUGUGUUGCUGAGUGCGCGACCGUUUUUAUUUCUGAAUAAAUUUUGUUUCAGCAUUUAUAUGCUGGCUCCCGUUGUUGUUGUGGCCAUGUUUGGUUUACGCAACGAACCCACCAACUUUACCGAAGUCGGUUCGGGAGCCGAUUUCUUCACCGUCAUCGUUUUGUCCAUAAUGUCAGCAUUUUUAAUGUUGAUUUUAAUUGAGUUGCCAAUGCAAAGAAUUGCAAAUCGUCUGCUAAAACAAAAGAAUUCGUAA